CUAGCCAAGUUGGCCGUCUCCCGAUCAACGGACGGGGUUGUUUUAGUUAGCUAGCCAAGUUGCAUCUCCCAUUUUCCACCAGAACACGGGCGUGACGUCACAGCAAGUGGCGGCGUGUGCGUCGAGUGCUGCAGCCCGGUAACCGUUGCAUCAAGUAAUAGUCCAAGUGGUUUCCCGCUACUUCGCUCUAGACCGCGCCAUUAGGGCUAGUUCAGCAGUUGCUACAUUAGUAUUAUCACCCUGGCAGGUGUAGUGGGCUCUGUCCGAACUGGCAUCAAAAUUCUCACCAAAAUUUCAAAGCUCCAAUUUGGUGAUAAGUGGGGGUUAUCCCCCGUGCUGCGGCCACGGCGGGCCGAAAAGGGCUACCGGCGGCCGUCAGCCAGUAAGGGAGAAAUGGGCAGCCAAGAGGCCGGUAACGGUAGUUUAUUUCAUUUCCCUGCUGAUCAUCGUAAAUCUUCAUCUUUUCUCCCGUCCUCCCCCAGGUCUCUACCGAAGCUCACCGGUGACGAUCACUGCGGCGACGGGGACGGUUUGUCAGGACAUCAAGGUCAACUCAACUGCAGUGGCAACUUCGAGCCCAUCCCCCACGAUCAUGACUACUGCGAACGAGUUGUAGUGAAUGUUAGCGGCCUGCGCUUCGAGACCCAACUCCGUACGCUGAAUCAGUUCCCCGACACUCUUCUAGGUGACCCAACCAGACGUAUACGCUACUUUGACCCGCUCCGCAACGAGUACUUUUUUGAUCGUAACAGGCCUAGCUUUGACGCCAUUCUUUAUUACUACCAAAGCGGUGGACGUCUUCGCCGGCCCGUCAAUGUUCCCCUGGAUAUAUUUGCCGAAGAGAUAAAAUUCUACGAACUUGGCGAGGUCGCCUUCAACAAGUUUCGGGAAGAUGAAGGAUUCAUUAAAGAAGAAGAAAAGCCGCUUCCAAGAGAUGAACUUAAACAGAAGAUGUGGUUACUGUUUGAAUAUCCAGAGAGCUCGCAGGCGGCUAGACUCAUCGCCAUCAUCUCCGUCGUCAUUAUUCUCCUGUCCAUCGUCAUUUUUUGCCUGGAGACCUUGCCAACUUUCAAGCACUACAAAGUUUUCAACACUACAAGUGGGAUCCUUAAGGUUGUGGAAGAUGAGGUUCCCAAGCUAACAGAACCUUUCUUUAUGAUCGAAACUUGUUGCAUUGUGUGGUUCACUUUCGAGCUACUUGUACGCUUCCUGGCCUGCCCCGAUAAAAUAGCCUUCUUCAAAGAUGUCAUGAACUCCAUCGACUUGGUGGCUAUUAUACCUUACUUUAUCACUCUGGGGACAGUGAUGGCUGGGGAGAACCCUCAAUCCACUGUCCAGGUCAAUGAAAGAGUUAGCAGUAAUCAGGCCAUGUCGUUGGCCAUUCUAAGGGUAAUCCGUUUGGUGCGGGUAUUCAGAAUUUUCAAACUAUCUAGACACUCCAAAGGCCUCCAGAUCCUGGGUCGGACACUGAAGGCAAGUAUGAGAGAGCUAGGCCUACUUAUCUUCUUCCUGUUCAUAGGAGUCAUUCUCUUCUCCAGCACUGUCUACUACGCUGAGGCCGACAACGAAAAGUCCAACUUCAAAUCCAUUCCAGAUGCCUUCUGGUGGGCCGUCGUAACCAUGACAACCGUGGGUUACGGGGACAUGCACCCUAUAGGGGUGUGGGGCAAGAUUGUGGGCUCUUUGUGUGCCAUCGCCGGUGUGCUGACCAUAGCGCUUCCAGUUCCCGUGAUCGUAUCUAAUUUCAACUACUUCUAUCACCGAGAAAACGACCAGGACGAGAUACAAUCACAAAACUUUAAUCACGUGACAGCCUGUCCCUACCUGCCAGGAACUGUAGGGCUAAAACCCCGGCGAGAUUCUUUGAGUGAGUCUGGAUCGGACAUCAUGGAGCUUGAGGAGGGAGCUCUUCUCACCUGUGACCAUUUGGAUAAGAAGCCCAACUACAAACCACAGCCGAGUAACAACAUCAGUGCCGUUGCUAUAGAAACAGAUGUUUGAUAGUAGUGCAGUGGCGGACAAGUGGACCUUAUUUUUCCUAGCUUCUGGGUAGAAACCAUAUUGGUUCUUCCUGAAAUCGUGAUAAACUUGCCAACACUGAGCCAGUUACCCGCCAAGUCUCAGGUCAUCAAGGUGUCGCAGUUGACUGCCUAUUUUCGCUCAGUUAUUUCAGUUUUCUCCGCAAGGAGUAAUCCAGCCGUUAAGAUAGCUUCUAGGAAUUUUCUGAUUUUGUACGAAUACAUUUUCAUAUGCCAAAAAACAUUUUUUUAAAAACACCCUUUGUAAAAAUAUAUUGCAGAUCAAUUUAGCGUAUAACCCUAUUAUGCCAUGUAGUAAUUUUCUUCUCCUAGCUAUGAAACAGCUUUAAGCAUCAGUUAAAAAGAGAGAGAAAAAAAAACAAAAAAAACUUCCAAUAAUUUAUGCGGGUGAAACGUAUAAAUUCUUGAAUUGGACACCAAUAUCUUUAAAAGUUUUGCAUGAUCUACAAACUUAAUGCUUAAAUACGGCGUAUUAUUCUUCAUCUUAGCAAUACCACUUAUCCUCUCCUAGAUAGAUUUUAAGAUUUUCAUCUGCUGCCCCUGAUAUUUAGCGCCAUUUUUAGAUUCAUCUCCGUUCCUCUAGUAGACACGGAGGUACAUCUAGACUUCCUUGAUCACCCACCAACUCUUAGCUCUUUCGAGUGUUAUGCAAAAUUUAAAAAUUAAAUCGUUGAUUUUUUUGGUCUUUACUCUUCUACAAUGUGCAAGAUGCCGCCCGCAUUUCACAAUGAAUGAAGUUGGUGUUAGAGAGACAGAACGGACCAGCUGCCAAAGCCAUUCUGUGGCCCUGUAAGUGCUCUUACUCCUCCCAAGUUACUGAGAAAAGUAAAAUUUGUCAUGCUUAUUUCUGUUGGAUGGGGGUCACAAAAAAUGAUUUGAGAAGGGUAUUUGAUCUGCUACUGCUCGAAGAAUGAAUGUUGGUAAAUGAACCAUUACUUUUCACAUACAAACCUAAUAAAGGAGAGGCAGUAAAUAAGUAAACAGAUUUAUCUAUCUGUAUUUAUACCUGUUAGAAGAAUCUGGUACCACGGUGCUUGGAAAAUAUGGACGUUGUUUGUUAGAACUUAAAAUACUCAUUCCAAAUCUUAAAGUACAGCAAGGGGGGAAGGUGCAUCUGGCGUUCGGACAUGGUCGGUGUGGUUUCUGUCUAAUUACAUAUUGGUUUUCAAGCUGACCAGCGUCCAGCCUAAGUUGUUUAUUUACUUAUCACCUUCUAUCCUUCCUUGCUAUUGUAAGUUAUGUGAUGUUAUUAUACUGAUUCAUACCCAUUGUUGCUGGACUGUUUAUGUACAAAGCCCAUUUUUUUUUAUUAUGAUAUAAAGAAUCUUUCUAUAAACAUUUUAAAAGAAUAUUUAUCUGUGAGUUAUAGUUAUCAGAUAGCAACGAAGUAAUUCAAUGGCCGUCCAGGUACAGUUUCCCUCCUGUUUAGUUGAGAAGAAGCUGGUGAUGAGGAUGGUUGUGACCAUUGUGUAACAUAUCGGAUGAAUGGAGACUGUUUUCUUCCUUGCACCAAUAGGUCAGAAUUUGAUUUCCUUCAGGACUGUAGAUAUCGCGCUCAAAUAAAGCUAUCUUUCAUUUUAUGAAACAAUGUUCUCUGCCUAUUCUAUUUAAUUUUGUGAUAACAUUU